AUGCUGUCCCCGCAGAACAAGCUGCGCAUCUUCCUGAGCCUGGUGCUCAUCACCAUCUUCACCGCGAGCUCAAAUGAGCUUCGCAUCGCCAUCGGCACCCUCUUCUCUUGGGCCCUAGGCCACAUGCUCAUCCGCCGACUCUCUUUGUCGGUCUCCUUCCGACAAGCCCACAACACCUACACGAUGGUGUCGUUUGGCCUGCUGGCAGGCCUAAACGACCCAUUUUGGGAAAACGCCUUCCGCCGUCUCCUCGACCUCUUCUUCGACCAAUGCCAAUUCGACCCAGACGUGCCUGGGUCAGGCUUCACAGACUGGCACGAAACCUUCCGCCGCCGAAAGACAUACGAGAUCGAUCUCGUUUGGCAAUUCCUUCGCGCCGCGCUUUUCUGGUCGUUCGUCGCCGUUUUCGUCGCCGUUGCUGUUCCGCUUGCCUGCUGGUUCGCCACUCACGAGAGUGAGACCACAAAACUGGAGCGGGCUUUCGCGUACAUACAGGACCACCCGGGCGAGCUGGUGUCCAAGAGUGACACAAGAUACAAUCGCCUGAGCAGCGAGCUCAUCUUCGUGUGUGGCCCUGGUGGUGGGCUGGAGACGGUGAUCGAUGGAGGCAUCGAGGGCGCGAUCCCUCGUCGGCGGGCACUGAGGCCGACGUUCGCAUGA